AGUCAUGUUGUCUUUUGUUGAGGCUGAGUUCGUCAGUACUACUAGAGUAGGAUUUUGUCUCACUUGCGAGAUCUUUACUUAGUUUGGCUUAGUUUUCCAGGAAGGAAUAUCAGCCACGCUCGCCACGGUCGUGUUGUGUACCGGUAGUUGUUCCUGAAUACUAGGAGCUCCUGUGCUAUUAUCGGUGUAACAAUAGAGAUUUUGCAGAAUCUCCGUCGCCAUGGUGUCUUUAGGACUUGUGGCUGUGCUUAUCGGCGUGAGUGCACUUGCCACUGGAGCUGCUGGUUAUAGUGCAGGCGCUCCCCAAUUUCAAUGUGGACUUAUGCGUCCUACUCACCAACAGACGGAUCGACCAAACGAGAACGGCAAUUUCCUGGUCACACACAACAUUCCCUCGCCAUAUGUGCCAGGCGAAACGUAUCAAGUGAUGGUGUCGUCCAAUCCCCCAACUAACUUCCGCGGCUUUUUAUGCGAAGUGCGCAAUGCCUCGGUUGUCCGGGACGCAAGCGGAGAUGGCGUGGGCCUGUUCUCGUCUACCACAUUCGGUCUGCUCAGUUGCGGAAGUCCGAAUACUGGUAUCACUCACAAUGGGGCAUUAGACAACACAAACUCCAUAACGUUGGACUGGAGAGCGCCAAGCGUUGCUCGCUCUGAUCUGACUGUGAGGUGCACGGUGGUGGAGACGAUGACGACUGUGUACACACAGAUACCAUCAAAUACCAUUACAGCUCCUGUUUUUGAUCCUACCGCCACGGAACCACCUGCAAUCACCGUACCCACCCAGAGACCGGUGACUUCUAUUGAUGUGGAUAUACUCGACGCAUGCCGUGGAAGCUCUCCUAGCAAGUUCUGCUUUACCCAGCCUUCCAGUUGCAACUCAACUAGCGACUGCAGAUUCGUGUAUACCCACCGUGAGGUGGGCUCUGACAUGCUGGAGGUAGAGCUGUUUGGGGUGACUGGACCCGAGUCAGGCUGGUUAUCUGUUGCUUACAGUGCCGAUGCUGCAAUGGGAAAUGAUGACGUGUUGGCCUGUGAAGUGACGACUGGUGGCAUAGUCGUGGCCAAGAACUUGCACAACGCAGGGCGGUCCAACGUUCGUGACACUGGAAGCUCAGCUAGUCCCUUUAUUACCCCUCUGGAGACACUGCGCACUUCAGACACUCUCUAUUGCAGGUUCCAGCGUCCACUAAUGACAGGUGCGACGAGUGCAGGGGAUGAUUUUGACCUGUCACAGCCAUGGACAUAUUUCUUCGGCAGUCGCAGCACCGGCCUAGGCAAUGCCAACGGAGCACUUAGUGGACAGCACAAUGCCAUACCGGUAGCCUCCACUGAGCAGUACACCUCGCAGAGCACUGGCUUUGGCUCUGCGUCCGCAUUGAGCAGAAAUGCCGUCAAGGCACACGGCAUACUGAUGGUGCUGGCAUGGACCGGCGCAGCCAGUAUCGGUAUGUUCCUUGCUCGCUACAUGAAGAAGGCGUGGGUCAGCAAGCCGUACUGGUUCCUGUUUCAUCGGGGCAUCAUGAUCUCAGUGUUCAUUUUGAGCGUGGCUAGCUUCAUUCUGAUUUUUGUUGACGUGGGAGAGUACACGAACUACGAGACACAUGGAGCCCUGGGUAUUAUUGUUGUGGCACUGGCCUUCAUUCAGCCGUUCAUGACCUUGUUGCGCUGCGGACCAACAGAUGACAAGCGAUGGAUCUUCAACUGGGCUCACCGUGGAGUUGGUGCUGCUGCUCAGAUCCUUGGCAUUGUGGCUAUUUACUUUGGUCUGGAUGCGUACAAGGACCUUGGCUUUGACAUGGACGACUUCUACAAGACCACGUGGAUUGUGUGGGUGGCUGUCUGCGCCGGAAUUUGGGUUGCGUUUGAGAUCUACAACCUUGUUGUGGACCCGCAGGAGGAGGCAGCACCAACGACUGAUAUCCCGAUGACGGAAAAGGGUGGUAGUGAUGAACCAGCUAAGCCUCCGCCGAAACAGCUCAUUGAA